UUUUCAAAAGAUAGCAAUGUUAAAUUAUAAAUAUUUUAAGAAUUAUGGCUUUGCUGGAAUUAUCUUGUACUCAAUCAUGAACUUACGGUCUCUGUAUAUAGGAGUGACCCACUUUUUUGUAUCAAAUCCUCAUUUUUCAAGAGUUUUGCACAGAAAAUUGUACUCACAGAUACGCUUCUGGAAGCCACCUCUAUCAAUAAUAUACUUUAUCUCUGUAAAAUUCAACGUAAGCGGGCUUUCUUGAGCUAUAAGUUUUGCUAAAAUCUCAAAAGACGACCUUUUCGUCACUAUAAACCGAUACUUUCACGUCCCAAAGAACCUCGAUUCCCGGAUAAAAUCCACCCCUUGUGGCGUAAUAUCCCUCAUCACGAACAAAUGUGGUUGAAACUCUCUAAAAUAAUACGUAAUCUCUUCCUUCAUCUCUUCCAAAAACUUCCUGGUCUUCUUGCACAACAAGUUCAACAGAUAAGCUACGUGCGGGUAAUUUCCAAAAUAUUUUAGAAUAUUUAUACUGUUACUGAACUGG